AUGGGGAUGGGGAAGAAAGGUUUUAAUAAAUACUACAAUUAUAACGAAACUGAACAUUUGGCACCACCAUGCAACGAUGCCAAGACGAAGGCUUUCAGUGAGGUUUUCCUUCCCAUCCUGUACAGCAUAGUGUUCAUCAUUGGCAUCAUUGGGAAUGGUCUGGUCGUGUGGGUCUUCAUAAGAUGUCGUCAAAAAUCCAACAUGACAGACGUGUGCCUCCUCAACCUAGCCCUAUCUGACCUACUCUUCCUUGUGUCACUUCCAUUUUGGGCUCACAAUGCCAUGAAUCAGCGGACUUUUGGCAAGUUUAUGUGUCACACCAUCACAGGUCUCUUCAUGAUUGGUCUCUACGCCAGCAUCUUCUUCAUGGUUCUCUUGACGCUUGAUCGCUAUGCCAUUAUCAUUCAUCCCAACUGUAUGUUCUUCAGAAACCGCUCUGCAAAAUUGGGUUUGGCCUUGUUGGUAUGGAUGCUCAGCCUGUUGGCGUCCUUACCUAACAUCAUUUUUGCCAACGAGAAAUUUGAUUUAAACCACAUAAAAUCCUGCCAACCUGAUUUUCCUGACAAUACAUCCUGGAUGUCCUUCACUUACAUUAACAUGAACCUUCUGAGCUUGAUUUUCCCUCUGAUUAUCCUGAUCUUUUGUUAUUCCCGGAUUAUCUCUACUCUGUUCAGAAUGAAAUCAGAAAAAAAGCCCAAACUGGUCAAACUGAUCCUGGCUGUGGUAACGGUUUAUUUUCUCUUCUUUACCCCAUACAACAUUGUCAUAUUUCUUCUGUUCCUGCAGAGAAUGGAGUACUUCUUUUCUUGCGAGUGGCAUAUUGAUUUGAGUCUUGCCAUGCAGUGGGUGGAAACCAUCGCCUUGAGUCACUGUUGCCUCAACCCAAUCAUCUAUGCAUUUGCCAGUCAGCAGUUCAGAGGAGCAGUCAAAGAUCAGUUUCCAUUGUGUUUCAGGCGAUACGCAACUGUCUCUCAACAGGCAUCUGAAAGAAGAAGCUCAAUCUUCUAAAGAUCUUCUGAAUAUUUGACCACAAAAAUUACAUAAAGCAAAAAUGUUCCUUUAGAGAUUUUUAUUUUCCAGAUUAAAUGACCUUACCUUUUUACCAACACCAAGUUCCCCAUAGUAAUGAAUCUAUAUCGAGUUCACUUUUAAAGUUGUCAAUUUAGUUAAGAAUAAGCUUGUAGAAAAAAAUACACAACUUGAUAUUUAGCAUGUAUAAUACUCCUACAAUAGAUUUGAUACAAAUAUGCAAAUUAUAAAAAUAACUUGUCAUAAGAAGUUCAUGUAGUUUGGUUUUAAACCAACUGUUCAGAGUCAAAUAUUAUAAUUGUUUUUUUUUUCAGUUUUGGCUUUUUGAAGUCUUUCAUCAAGUAUUACAUUUUAUUCAAUAUUUCAACAUCACUAUUAGUGUUUAACUCUCAGGCUCAAAUUAAGUUUUAGAAACAGGGAAAAUCUGAUAUUUGGGGAAAAUUAUCAUAUGGGGUAGUACAAUAG